UGCCUAAAGUGGAUCACGAUGGAGGCGGUCGUGCUGCAGCUGAUUGUGUCUGCUGUAGACAUCAUUCUCAUGAUUAGAGUCUACGCGCUGUAUGACCGAAACCGCAGGCUCCUAGCAACACUGAGCGUAAUUUAUGCCGGCCUAAUGUCCCUCUUGUGCUAUGCCCUCACCAUCAUCGUCCCCAGAGUAACCGUCAACCCUAACUGCUCGAGUGUCUCCAUGCCCUCCGCUAACUGCCUUUGCUGGCUGCCUUCAGUCUCUUUUGAGACGCUAUUAUUUGCACUCACCUUGUUUAAGUGCUACCAGUAUCAACGAUUGGGAUGGAGACGGAGCCCGAUCUUGCGUCAGUUUGUCAGGGACGGUACAUGGGCUUUUGCGCUGAUAUUCGGUAGGAGGUUUCUCCCCGUGAAGGCAGCAUGUUUACUGAAACGUUGUACACUUAGCUGCUAUGGUCGCCAUUACCAUAACGUAUUCUGUGGUCCGCUCACCCUUGACGGGCGUGGUUUUUCCGUGCGAUACCUAGUUUUGACUCAUAACGAUUCGCACUGA